AAAAGAAAGACAAAGCCGCAUUCAAAUAACUUUUCCCACACCCCUCUCCAUGAAGAUGAGCAGAGAAGCAAUAUCUCUGUGUGCGCUGAACAAGACAUUAAACAGGGUGGAGCAUAAACUACAGAACAUCAAGGCUCAGUUCACUGUGCUAGACUCUAGCAUUCAGAAAUUAUCAGAAAACUUUGAGUGUCAAAGUACCACCCUAGAGAAUCAAAUGGACCAGAAUGAAAUAUGGAUAUCACUGCUGGAAGACAGAUUUACUUCUGUUGAGAUAAACCUUUUCUAUAGCUACAUCUGUGAAACUAUUCAUUAUUUACAUUCUCAAGUACUAGAAAAGCUACCGGAUCUGGUAAGAGCCCUUCCUACUCUUUCAUCAGUCCUGAGGAAGAAAGGCAAAAACCAAAGAAUUAGGUUGGCCUGGGAGUCAGUGCUGGAGAUGCUUGGAUUGCAAGAAGGAAACGUUAAAGCACUCUGUGCCUUUUUCAUUGCACAUAGCUCUGAUGCUUGCUACUAUCCCAUUAAUCAAAGACAAAAUUAUUCCACUAACAUCAGCUCCAUUAUAAUGAAAGUAGUGAAGAACCAGUUGCUUCAGCAUAGCCUGCUAAGUGCUGUCCAUGUGGUGGAGCAUGGAAAAGCGUGGGAAGCUUUCCUAGAUCAAAAGGCACUUUAAGGGGGAAAAAACAUUGUCUUGUAAAAAAUGAAAUUUCUUAUCUCCGAGUGUUUAUAAUUUUGAUUCAGCCAUAAACUCUCUAGUUUGUCUCAUGCAGGACUACCUCUCAUCCUCCACCUCAUCUGUAUUUUGGGAGAAGCAGUACAAGCCUACUGUGACAGGCAGGAUUGGUUCCAGCUCCGCCUGUCCAGAGAAGCAGCCAAUGACAGCAGGCAGAAUGGGGGGCCAGUGUCAGUUGGAGUCCAUUGGAAGGCAAUUAAAGAGGGAAAGAAGGGUUUGGGUCUGCUGAAUAGAGGCAGCAGAAAGACUGCUGGCUGUUAAUCUGUUCUGUUACAUAGUAAUCAUUCCCUAUUUAGCCACAAUAUAUAUGAGUUGUGAAAACAUUCACUCCUGUGUUUUAUCUUGUAAAUAAAUGUUCAAUUUUUUUUUGUUUCUGUUUUAAUCCUGGCUGUUUUGGACUUAUUGGCUGAGAGGAAUUAAAAUCUCAGGGCCAAACUACACGUGACGAAUGACAAAGGUUGGACACUUGUCAGCUUCCCUCAAGUUUUGAUGGGAAAUGUAGGCAGCUUGGCAGAAUGUUGGACAAAUGACAGUUGAAAAGUCCAUUGGACUGCAGUCAGAAAGCCAAGCUGCAAGACCAGGAUGCCUACAUUUCCCAUCAAAACUUGAGGGAAGCUGUACUGUCUACCGAUGUAUAUAUGCUCCUACUAGGGACUUUCCAUGUUGCUAAACAUGCCAUGUUAACUAGUUAUGCCUUGUUUCAGAAAGAUUUCAUCUCUGUCCUUGGCUUUAUGUUUGUUUCAAAUUUUCUGUUACCGUACCCUAUUGUAUCUGCUCACUGAAUGUCCUAACCGUUGUUCACUAUUGUAUUUUGCUCAAUGAAUGUCCCAGCUGUUGAUUAUAUUGUAUAUAUUGUAUUUCACUUACACUGUGUAAUCUGCCUUUGGUCUCAUUGAGAAAGUAUAAAUAUAAAUAAAAAUAAC